CCCUCCUUGCGAGUUGAAAGGCGGGAGGGGGAGUGGGGGGCACGACUUCUUCUUCCUUCCCUGUUCGCGGAUGCGGCGACUUGUCCUAUUUUCAUCCACAUUGUUGUCUUUUUUUUUCAUCCACAUUGUUUUUUUCUCUCCCCCCCAUCCACGUUGUUGUGUUCGCCCUCAGCCAGCGGCACCAUGGCGGGAGCCAUCAUCGAAAACAUGAGCACCAAAAAGUUGGUGAUAGUGGGAGUGAUCCUGCUUUUGUUCCAGGCGUUUGCCUUCAUGGUGGGCGGCUUGAUCGCUCCCAGUCCCACCACGGCAGUCCACUACCUGGCCACCAAAUGUGUGGACACAGUCAAACACCGCCAGGAAACCAAGUGGUUCAUGCCAUGGGGUCCCAACCAAUGCGAUAAGAUUCGGACCUUUGAUGAAGCCAUGGCCAAGAGGAUUGAGGCCAACAACAUUGUGUUCGCUGUCCACAUUCCUCUACCUAACAAGGAGAUGAGUCCCUGGUUUCAGUUCAUGCUGGUCAUCUUGCAGUUUGACAUCGCCUUCAAGAUGUACAACCAGAUAGAGGAUGGAGCACUGGUCACUGUGGACGUUGGUCUGGCCUACAGGGACGAUACAGUCAGUGAGUGGACGGAGAUGGCUCACUCUUUUGAGCAGCGGAAGCUCAGCUGCAACUUCACGACUGCCAAGACUUUUGAAAACGAGGGCCGUUACUACGAGUGUGACCUGCUGCCCUUCAUGGAGGUGGGCAGCGUGGCCCACAAGUACUAUCUCCUCAACAUUCGUCUACCCGUCAAUGAGCGCAAGAAGAUCAAUGUGGGCAUUGGAGAAAUAAAGGACAUCCGUCUGGUUGGAAUCCACCAAAAUGGCGGUUUCACUAAGGUUUGGUUCGCCAUGAAGACCUUCCUCACACCAAGCAUCCUCAUCAUCAUGAUCUGGUACUGGAGACGCAUCACGCUCAUGAGUCGACCCCCUGUGCUGCUGGAGAAAGUAAUCUUUGCUUUGGGCAUCUCCAUGACCUUCAUUAACAUCCCAGUGGAGUGGUUUUCUGUUGGCUUCAACUGGACCUGGAUGUUGCUUUUUGGAGACAUCCGACAAGGCAUUUUUUACUCCAUGUUGCUUUCCUUCUGGAUCAUCUUCUGUGGGGAACACCUCAUGGACCAGACGGAGAGGAAUCGUUUCUCCGUGUACUGGAAGCAAGUCGGACCCAUCGUGUUUGGGUCCUUCUGUCUUUUUAUCUUUGACAUGUGCGAGAGAGGUGUCCAGCUGACAAACCCCUUCUACAGCAUCUGGGCGUCUGAUGUGGGGACCGAGCUGGCUAUGGCUUUCAUUAUAGUGGCAGGAAUCUGUGCUUGCCUCUACUUCCUCUUCCUCUGCUUCAUGGUUUUCCAAGUAUUCCGCAACAUUAGUGGUAAGAGGACUUCACUGCCCGCCAUGUCCAAGGCCAGACGUCUGCACUACGAGGGUUUGAUUUUCAGGUUCAAGUUCCUCAUGCUGGUCACUCUGGCCUGUGCUGCCAUGACGGUCAUCUUCUUCAUCAUCAGCCAGGUGAACGAGGGCCACUGGCACUGGGGGGACCACACAGUGCAGGUGAACAGCGCCUUCUUCACUGGCAUCUACGGAAUGUGGAACCUGUACGUGUUUGCCAUCAUGUUCCUCUACGCCCCCUCUCACAAGCGAUACGGCGACGACCAGUCAAGCGCUCAGUGCAUCACUGGAGACGCCGGGGCGUCCAGCGGGGAGGACAUCCAGUUGACCACGACCAUCACUCAUGUCGACGGUCCCACUGAGAUCUACAAGAUGACGGGCAAAGAGGCCCAAGAAUAGAUCAACGACUGCAGUUUAUCACCGAGUGUUCCAACGAGCCCCUUUCCUUCCACGGGGCCCACUCGUGCACCCACUUCCCCUUCAUCCUUGCUGCCUGUUCAUUUCAUUCUACACACCAUGCUUUUGUGUACAGUGUCGGUAAAUGUUGCACAACUCCUUGGACACCAAGUUGGACACUUGAACGCGUUUUUAUGGGCAAAGGCGGUCGAGGAAAUCAUCGGUGAGAAAAGUCGCAUCAAGUUGCAUCAAGCGGCAGUCUGCACUGAAGUUGAACUGUUUGCUAAGUCCUGAGCUGGUGAUGGGAAUGGACUUUAUUUUGUAUUUGUAUUGCUACUUGGUUCAAUUUGUAUGUCCUGUUGCAUUCUCGGUGAGGCAACACAUCCUUUUCUUCCAUAGAAAGUAGAUCAUGUGACGCACAUCAGUAGUUUUUACAUAACUGCGGAACAUGCCCAUUUGAGGAAUUCACAUUAUUUGUGUUUUUAUAGUGUUUUUUUAAACUUCAGAACAAUGUAUUCAGCUCUACCAAUGUUGCCAGUAGUCUAUUAAAUGCCAUGUUUGUGCUUUUUAUUUUAAUUUAAAUAAACAUGCUUUUACUUAACCUUUGGUGCA